AUGGCCCGACCAUCCCCAACCCUAUUCUCGCGCUGGCUCGCACAUCCAACAGAGCUCCUCUUCCCUCAGUUGCGGUCACACACCCUUCAAUCCACAAGACAAGGACAACAACGACUACUGUCCACCCGACGAUCUCUCACAACGCGAUCCUAUUUGAACCACCAGCCGAGGAGGAAACAAACCAUCACCCCACCCUCCACAUCAUCAAUCACAUCCUCCUCGUUCUCUUCCCGGCUCUCUCGCACACAACGACGCUUCAACUCGUCCAAAUCUGGUCAAUCGCAAUCGCAAGCGCAAGCACAAGCACAAGCGCCACAAGGUCUCUCCCAGCGUCUGCGCACUUUAUCCCGCGAAUACGGCUGGGCCGCGCUGGGAGUGUAUCUGGGUCUCUCGGCGCUAGAUUUUCCCGUGUGCUUUGUCGCGGUGCAAUUACUCGGUGUGGACCGGAUCGGCCAUUGGGAACAUGUGAUUGUGACCUCGGUCAAGAACGCCGUCCACGCGGUGUGGCCGUCGGAGUGGUCGCAAAGUGGGAAGCGCCAACCGGACGAGGAUGGGACGAAGGGGGAUAAUGAGGAGAGUGAGAGUGAGAGGCGGGAAAAAGCCAGUAUUUGGACUCAACUGGCCCUAGCAUAUGCCGUGCACAAGAGUCUCAUCUUCAUUCGCGUCCCAUUGACCGCGGCAGCGACACCCAAAAUUGUCAAGGUCUUGCGCCGAUGGGGUUGGGACAUCGGCAAGCGCAAGCCUAAGAGCACCUAA